UUAAUGAACCUGAUGAUGUUCAUGCUGUGUUAAAGAAAUGUCGAGAAGAAUUGAGAGCAGCCAAUGAAGAGAAGAGAAGUAUAAGACAGGAAAGUGACAUAUAUAGGAAGCAAAUGAUGGAUUUGCAUCGGAGGCUUGAGUCAGAGCGUAAAGAAAGAGGAACGUCCAAUACCAAAGCACUGCAGCUGCUGGCUGAAGUUAGAGAAAAUAAUAAAAUAGCAAAAGAAAUGAGAGACACAGAGAACAAGGAGUUGAGUGAGCAGGUUCAAAGUGCUUUAGUUCAACUUGAGCAGGAAAGAGUCUCAGCUGUCAAGAGGUGCCAGAGAGCACACGAAGAACUCAAGAAAAAACAAAUUGAAUUAGAUUGUUGUACUGCUAAAGUGUCUGAUUUGAAGUCAAGGCUGGCCCACGCUAGGGAAAGGAGUAAGAUUGAUACAGCUCACCUCCAGGACAAACUCCAGAGAUUGUCUGAUGACUCCAAGAAAAGAAUAAUGACACUUCACAAUGAAUAUGCUGAAUUGCAGGAUAGAUUCACUGCUGUUAAUAAAGAACUGAAACAAUUAAAAGAGUUACAGAUCAAGCAGGAGAAUGCCAGCAGCAGUGCUAGAGUGUCUGUCACUAGCAGUAGAGAACUGGAGGAGCUGAAGGUUGAGCUAGAGACACAGAAACAGCUCACAGACCAGUACAGUGCAAAGGUACUUGAGUGUGAGAAGGAACUAAGUUUAAAGACUGUACAGUGUCAGGAGAUGGAGAAAUCACUUGAUCUUGAAGCUACUCUGAAACAAUCUUUGCAAGAUAAGUAUGAUGCAAUACUUAAAGAACUGAAAUGCUACGAAGAAGCUGAGGGGGAGGAGCCAAAAACCACACCUACCAGCAGUAACACUGAUGACAACAUUUCUUCACUUCAAGAGGAACUUCUCAUUCAAAAACAACUAACUGAUGAAUAUAACUUUAAGGUACUGGAGUAUGAGAAGGAGUUAGGUAUGAAGACUGUAGAGUGUCAGGAGAUGACCGAGGCCUUGAAACUGGAGCAGAAUCUAAACAAUAAACUAUACGAUGAUAUAUAUCAUUUGCGUCAGGAGCAUGGUAAAUUACAGGCAGCUCACAUGAAACUCUCUAAACAGCUCAAGACCCAGGAGUCACGUGCUGCUGAAGCUUCAAAGGAAACUGAACAAGCUCUUCAAGAUAAGGCAGUCAUUGAAGAGGCACUGGAGCUGGAGAGAACUAGAAUGCAAAUACAACUAGCUCAGUUCACUAAACUCAUCGACUAUAGACACAACACACCUAGUGCAGCUAAGAAGAGGAGUAACCCCAAGAAGGGUUUAAAGUUAAGUCGUAAGAAACGUGAUCCAGAGAAGGAGAGAAGUGAAUGGAUGAUAUUAAAAGAUAUUGCAAAGAACUCUAAAGACAAUAAAGCAGGUGACAAUAGAGUGUCCAGAAGUCCAAGUAUUAGUAGUAUACUAGUGGAUCAAGCCACACCUGGAGGACAAUCUGUUAGAUCAACGCGUAAUAAUAAACCGUCAGUGACACCAGGGGCAACAUCAUCACUAGUUUGUUCAAGCAGUGUCGCCCCUACUCCCAGUAAAUCAGGUAUCAAGAGAUCAGCCCCUGACUCAUCAUCAGCAGUACUGGAACAUAACAUACCACACAGGUGGGUGAUUAAGUCUGGUGCAUUCCAUAAGAGUCAUUCCUGCUCCACUUGUUCAGGAUCAAUCAAACACACACAGAAAUAUGCCAAAUGUGCAUACUGCAGUUUUGUUGUUCAUCAGAAAUGUACCAGCAACACUCCUAACUCGUGCGGUCUUCCCCUACAGCUAGCAGCUCACCUCUACCCAACCUCACCCUCUAAGAGACAAUGCUCACAAGCAAUGGAGGAUGAUAACAAAGAGAAUGCAUCAUUUGUUAGUACUUCAUCAAUGGACAGCAAAAUGAGACGUUUGUCCAUUGAUCUGGUACGCUGCAAUAGUUCUAUCAUGUCUACUGGAACUGAUCUGUCUAUAACCUCAUCAAUGCUUGCUUCUAAUGACAGCAACGAUGACAGUCUUGUCUGAAUCCCAUCAUGCACCAGUCCUCUCUCUCUUUAUAUAUAAAUACUAUACACUCAAAGAUGAUAAGACAUUACAUAACGUAUUAGUAGGUAGAAAGUCCCUAUAUAGUGUUGCAUCACACUGCUUGCAUGGGUAAUGUUGAACACUAUAGUGAUUUAUUAUAAUAACAAAUCUCAUUUUUACUUUCAUAAUGAUUUCAAAAACAG